AUGUAUCAAAUGAUCAUUAACAAGAUUAAUAGCGAAAAACAUGAUAUUGGUCUUAAUAAGAAACAAACGACAAAACUUUAUUCAAUUGAAUUAGAUCAAUAUGACUGGAAGCUUCUUGAAUCAUUAGAAUAUGUGUUGAAGCCAGUGGUAGAAGCAACACAACUUAUUAGCGGUAGUCAGUAUCCGACAAUAGGUAUUAGUUAUUUUGUUAUUGUUCAAAUUCGAGAUUUUAUCGAAGAUUCAACUGAUGCUGAUAUUAAUGAUUGGAAAAUUUUAUGUGAUUUGAAAACCAUGUUACUGAAACAAGUUCAAAAAUAUUUUAUUCAAAAAGAUGAACAAUGGGAAUUGAUGAAAAAUUAUUCGUAUUUCGAUCCUGUUGGAUAUGGUUAUUUAACACGACGUGAACGACGAGCAAUUGAACAAUAUAUUAAUGAAUUACAUGAACAGUAUGAUAUUGAAGAAACAAUUGAUCAACAAGAAGUUAAUCAAAUACCGUUCAAGAUGAAUAUGAAAGAAAAAUCUAAACAAUCAAAGUCUUCGUCCAUGGCAAAAUUUCUUAAUUCUAUUGCCGAAGAAAUGGCUGCAUAUAGGUCAUUAGCUCAACGAGAAUAUAAUUCUAUUAUUGCUGAUGAGAAAGAUCCGGAUGUUAUGCAAUUUUGGCAAUUACAUCGAAUUGAAUUAAAUUAUUUAUAUAAAUAUGCUAGUUAUCAUCUUGUAAGUCCAGCAACUUCUGUUGCAUCAGAGAGUGCAUUUAGUACAGCUUCAUAUUUAUUACGAAAACAAAGAUCUCGUUUAACACCCGAAAAUUUAUCUUACUCAAUGUUUCUUAAAGACAAACUUAGUGAUGAAUUUAGUAUAUAA